UACCCGGCAAUUUACUAGAAAGCUCUCUCUCUCUCUCUCUCUCUCUCUCUCUCUCUCUCUCUUUGAUUCUUCAAAGCCAAGGGAGAGAAAAAUUUGAAACUAAAAUCUCCAUUACAGUUUUGAUUUUGCUGGAAACCUGGCAAUACAGAUUUUCUUUCUUAAGGCAGAAACUGCUGCUGGCAUCAAUUGCCCCACAUUUGCUUCUAGGCGAAAAUUACUUGCUUUUUUCACUGCAAGUAAUACUUCUCUGCUUGGGAUUUUUGAUUGAUUUACAUGGCGGUGGCAUUUUCCCAUCUGUCAUGGUGGUUGUGGAGUGGGAAGCAUCUAGAGCCCAGAAUCUCAAAUGGGUCUUCUCUAACUUCUUCGUCGGAUUCGGGUCUGUGGGAGGCAGAUCAUCUGAAAUUCCCUCUGGUUAAAGGUGCUAAAAUGGCAUCCUCAUCUAGGAGGGUCAAGCGCAAAUGGCAUAGUCGGGAAGAGAGAAAAAUUGAUAGGGAAUACGACGUUGUUCUAGUGCCAUCUGAUGGUGGAUGCGUUUCAGGGUCUGAAUCUGAUGGUUCAGAUUAUUCGAUUGGAUGGUUGGAGCCUCAUGGGCCUGGAUUCCAGAGUGAUGAUGAUAUGGAUAACAGCUUCGCUGUGCUGGUUCGAUGUUAUGGGCAGAGUCAAGAGCAUGUGAUGGAAGAUUCAAAGAAUAAUGUUUUGGGUGCUGUUGUGAAAAUACCGGAUAGUUACCCUCUCGUAUAUGAAUUCGAUUUGUUGGAAAAUGUGAAGUUAUGGUACAUUUGAUGAAUCUAUCCCGGAAAUUUGCGAUCUAGGCUGACCUUUUCCUCAUCUUUGGCUGGAUUGGAUAUGCAGAUAGCAAGAAAUACAUGGAACAAUUUCUUUAUUCCCUCCAGAACCAUUGAUCUUCUGGAGCAGCAGCAUCUUAUGGAUAUCCUGCUUGCUUUAAUCUCUAGAUUUCUAUAAAUAUUGUAUAAAGUGUAAUAUAGAGAUAUAAAACUGGAGAGAAAGAAGGAAUCUCCAAAAAAAAAAAAUGAUGAUUAGAGAAGAAAAGAAUUUAGUAGUCACCCUAGUUUAUUAUUGGUGUUGGAGUUGCCUGCUAAUAUUAACAAAUGAGCAGCUGAAAGUGAAGGUCCCUGAGAUUUGAACUGAAAUAAACCGGGAAAGAGUUGUCGCGGUGGUUGAUGGUGUCAUCCUCCUUGCCAUUCCAAAUUCAAGGAGAAAUUGCAGCGUGAAUGCUAGCUGGUGAGGAAGAAGAGGGUUGGCUGCAACUAUUGAUUAGUUAGUAUUUUAAGGAGAGAAAUGGAACUGGUUAGUAUUUUCGUCCCCUUUUCACUGCGAGUGUGGGUUCGAGUUUUGAGCUAUUCUAUUCGAUAUUUGUGAGAGGACAAUUUAUUGAAGAAAAAGGGGGAAUGUGUUGUGCUUGUUUGCUUUUUCAUUCUUUUAUGUAAAUAUCAAUGUACAUAUAUGGCUUCAUUUUAUUAAUGUAAAUAACUUUUCUAUUUGAUCAA